CUCCACAGCAGCUGCUUUAGCUAUAGAAUACUCUCUCUCCCCAGCAGCAAAUUUACAAGAUGAUCACAGUGAUCUGCACAGACAGCCAUGCACAUGCCUAGAUCUCGUCAACUGCUCCACUACCAAUACACUCAAUAUAUACUGAAGAAGACUCUUCCUAGCUCUAAUUAAUUGCUGGUGUCGAUCGAUCGGGAAGAUGGAGACGGCGGCGGUGGUGAGCGCUAGCGCUAGCCGGCGGCGGAGCACGAGCUGGGGGUCAUCCAUGACGCACUCGUUCCGGCAGCAGGCGGACACGGAGGACCCGUUCGGGCGCGCCCAGUCGCAGCAGGGCCACGACGACGACGAGGAGAACCUUCGCUGGGCGGCGCUCGAGAAGCUGCCCACCUACGACCGCAUGCGCCGCGCCAUCAUCCACCAAGACGACGACGAUGCCGGCGGUAAUCAGCUGCUUGACAUCGAGAAGGUGGCCGGCGGCGAGGCCGGCCGUGCCCUCCUGGAGCGCGUCUUCCAGGACGACAGCGAGCGCUUCUUGCGCCGCCUCAGGGAUCGCGUCGACAGGGUCGGCAUCGACCUCCCCGCCAUCGAGGUCCGCUACGCCGACCUCACCGUCGACGCUGAUGUCUUUGUCGGCAGCCGUGCGCUCCCCACGCUAUGGAACUCCACCACAAACUUCCUCCAGGGUCUUAUUGGACGAUUUGGUACCUCAAACAAGAGGACCAUUAACAUACUCCAGCACGUCCAUGGCAUCCUCAAACCAUCCAGGAUGACCCUUCUUCUCGGACCUCCAUCUUCAGGAAAGAGCACACUUAUGAGAGCCCUUACCGGGAAGCUUGACAAAAGCCUCAAGGUAUCUGGCAACAUCACAUACUGUGGUCAUACAUUUUCGGAGUUCUACCCAGAGAGGACCAGUGCGUAUGUUAGUCAGUACGAUCUCCAUAACGCAGAGAUGACUGUAAGAGAGACAUUGGAUUUCUCCAGGCGAUGCUUAGGCAUCGGUGCCAGAUAUGACAUGCUUGCAGAGCUCGCUAAAAGGGAGCGCGAUGCCGGCAUAAAGCCAGAUCCUGAGAUCGAUGCUUUCAUGAAAGCUACUGCAGUGCAAGGACAAGAGACUAAUAUUAUAACAGAUCUUACUCUCAAGGUGCUUGGGCUUGAUAUUUGUGCCGAUAUCAUCAUUGGUGAUGAGAUGAUCAGAGGAGUUUCUGGUGGCCAAAAGAAGCGUGUCACAACUGGGGAGAUGCUAACAGGACCUGCAAGGGCUUUAUUCAUGGAUGAAAUUUCCACUGGUUUGGAUAGCUCUAGCACAUUCCAGAUUGUAAAAUACGUGAGGCAAUUGGUCCAUGUGAUGAAUGAGACUGUGAUGAUCUCCCUUCUCCAGCCACCACCCGAGACCUACAACCUGUUUGAUGACAUAAUUCUGCUAUCAGAAGGAUACAUUGUGUACCAUGGGCCACGUGAGAACAUCUUGGAAUUCUUCGAGUCUGCUGGUUUCCGGUGCCCUGAAAGGAAAGGAGUUGCUGACUUCCUUCAAGAGGUCUCUUCCAAGAAAGACCAGCGACAGUAUUGGUACCUUGAACAGGAGCAGUAUCGGUACGUGUCAGUGCUGGAGUUUGCUGAACGUUUCAAGUCAUUCCAUGUAGGCCAGCAGAUGCUCAAGGAGCUUCAAAUUCCUUUCGAAAAAUCGAAAACCCAUCCUGCCGCGUUGACCACCAGCAAGUAUGGGCAAUCCAGCUGGGAGUCACUCAAGGCUGUGAUGUUGAGAGAGCAGCUGUUGAUGAAGCGCAACUCCUUCAUCUACAUCUUCAAGGUCACCCAGUUGAUCAUCCUUGCGCUCAUGGCCAUGACUGUAUUUCUCAGAACAGAGAUGCCCGUUGGCAAGAUUUCUGAUGGCACCAAAUUCUUUGGAGCUCUGGCUUUCAGUUUAAUCACCAUCUUGUUCAAUGGUUUUGCUGAGCUACAACUCACCAUAAAGAAGCUUCCCGUGUUCUUCAAACAUAGGGAUUUCUUGUUCUUUCCACCAUGGACAUUUGGACUGGCAAACAUCAUCUUAAAAGUUCCUGUUUCGCUUGUGGAGUCUGCAGUAUGGGUCGUCCUUACGUACUAUGUGAUGGGCUUUGCACCCGCUGCAGGAAGGUUCUUUCGCCAGCUUCUAGCUUUCUUCGCUACUCACCAAAUGGCGAUGGCUUUGUUCCGAUUUCUUGGUGCUAUUUUGAAAACAAUGGUUGUGGCCAAUACUUUUGGGAUGUUCGUGCUCCUUAUUAUUUUCAUCUUUGGUGGAUUUAUCAUCCCUAGAGGUGACAUCAGACCAUGGUGGAUCUGGGGUUACUGGGCAUCUCCUAUGAUGUACAGUCAGAAUGCCAUAUCGGUCAAUGAAUUCCUCGCCAGUAGGUGGGCCAUUCCAAACAAUGACACAACUAUUGAUGCACCAACAGUAGGCAAGGCUAUUCUCAAAUCUAAAGGCUUGUUUACUGAAGAGUGGGGCUUUUGGGUUUCCACCGGAGCCAUUGUAGGAUUCACUAUUUUGUUCAACAUCCUGUAUCUUUUGGCCCUUACAUACUUGAGCUCUAGCAGCGGCUCAAACACACUAGUUUCAGACGAAGAGAAUGAGACAAAUGGAGAGGAAAUGUCUACUAUGCCAUCUUCAAAACCUAUGGAUACCAAUGGAGCAGCAAAUAGGCCAACUCAGUCAGGAAUUGUCUUGCCUUUCCAGCCUCUUUCACUAUCUUUCAACCAUAUAAACUAUUACGUGGAUAUGCCUGCAGAAAUGAAGGAGCAAGGAUUCUCAGAAAGUCGUCUCCAGUUGCUCUCUGAUAUCAGUGGUGCUUUUAGGCCUGGUGUCCUGACAGCAUUAGUUGGCGUGAGUGGAGCUGGGAAGACCACUCUAAUGGAUGUCCUUGCAGGGAGGAAAACUACUGGAGCUAUUGAAGGAAGUAUCGAACUCUCCGGUUACCCCAAACAACAAGAAACUUUUGCCCGCAUUAGCGGCUAUUGUGAACAAACUGAUAUACACUCACCAAAUGUUACUGUAUAUGAAUCCAUUCUCUACUCUGCCUGGCUGCGUCUUUCCUCAGAUGUUGAUGACAGUACGAGAAAGAUGUUUGUGGAGGAAGUCAUGGCCCUUGUAGAGCUUGAUGUGCUGCGUAAUGCUCUGGUUGGUCUCCCUGGAGUUGACGGGUUAUCGACUGAACAAAGAAAGAGACUAACAAUUGCCGUGGAGCUGGUAGCAAAUCCUUCAAUCAUAUUCAUGGAUGAGCCAACUUCUGGGCUUGAUGCUAGAGCUGCAGCAAUUGUCAUGCGCACGGUGAGAAACACAGUCAAUACUGGGCGUACAGUGGUUUGCACAAUCCAUCAACCCAGCAUCGAUAUAUUCGAGUCUUUUGAUGAGCUUCUGCUUUUGAAAAGAGGAGGGCAUGUCAUCUAUGCUGGUGAACUUGGUCGCCAUUCUCAUAAGCUAGUUGAAUAUUUUGAGGCAAUUCCAGGGGUUCCAAAGAUUACGGAAGGAUAUAAUCCUGCAACAUGGAUGCUCGAAGUUAGCUCCCCUCUGGCUGAGGCUCGCCUGGACAUAAAUUUUGCUGAAAUUUAUGCUAAUUCUGUGCUUUACACGAAAAACCAAGAACUUAUCAAGGAGUUGAGUGUUCCACCUCCAGGCUAUCAGGAUCUCUCAUUUCCUACAAAGUAUUCUCAGAACUUCUACAACCAAUGUGUCGCAAACUUUUGGAAGCAAUACAAAUCUUAUUGGAAGAAUCCACCCUACAAUGCCAUGCGCUAUCUCAUGACGUUGCUCAAUGGCAUUGUAUUUGGCACGGUGUUUUGGCAGAAGGGAAAAAACUUAGACUCGCAACAAGAUUUGUUCAACCUACUUGGAGCCACUUAUGCUGCUAUCUUCUUCCUUGGGGCUGCGAAUUGCAUCACAGUUCAGCCUGUUGUGGCAAUUGAACGAACAGUUUUCUACCGUGAAAAGGCAGCGGGGAUGUACUCUCCAUUAUCCUAUGCAUUAGCUCAGACGGGUGUGGAGGUCAUAUACAACAUCUUGCAGGGGAUCCUAUACACACUGCUCAUAUAUGUGAUGAUUGGAUAUGAGUGGAGAGCUGACAAGUUCUUCUAUUUCCUGUUCUUCAUUGUUGCAAGCUUCAACUACUUCACAUUGUUUGGCAUGAUGCUGGUGUCGUUGACCCCGUCUGCGUUGAUUGCAAACAUACUCAUAUCCUUUGCGCUCCCACUUUGGAACCUGUUUGCUGGAUUCCUGGUUGUCAGAACGGCAAUACCAAUUUGGUGGAGAUGGUACUACUGGGCAAACCCAGUGUCAUGGACAAUCUAUGGAGUCGUUGCGUCGCAGUUUGGGGAGAACGGUGGUUCUCUUACGGUCCCUGGUGGCAACCCUGUGGUGGUGAAGCAAUUUUUGGAGGACAAUCUGGGCAUCCGCCAUGAUUUCCUUGGCUACGUUGUGCUAGCCCACUUUGCCUACAUCAUUGCCUUCUUCUUCGUCUUCGGCUAUUCCAUCAAGUUCUUCAACUUCCAAAAACGUUAAUAAGGCACUAGCAAUUAUUUUCAUCUUUCUUUCUUUUUUUCUUUCCUGCAAUCGGAAGCAAUCUACCACUCUCUCUCUCUCUCUCUCUCUCUCUCUGGGUGUAUAUAUAUUAUCAUGUUGUAAAGUAGCCAGCCAGUAGGAUUAAGAAAUGCUCCAUUGGGGUUUUUCUUUUGAGGUACAUUUUUAGUUUUACUAGCAGAAAAUUUUAUUCUACUUGAUUAUUAAUUGUCUUCAUGCUUCCAUUAGGGGCAUUCCUCUUU